AUGGCGGCAGGGCACAGCACGACGACAGCUGAGAUCCUCAUCCGUCGGCGUACGACGUCAACGGUGGGAGGCGGUCGGUCGGCGGCCGUGGCGACUUGUGCACAGUUCGUCGUUGACCCAGCGGAGAAGACGUGGCGUCCACGCGGGCUUCGACGCGGCGCAUGCGAAGGCGACGCGGCUCCGCGGCACUGGGCGCGGACGCGGCAUCGCGGUGCGGCACGGCGCGGGCAGCGCGGGCAAGGCCGUUGCCCGUGA